AUGUUUUUUGUCUCACAACUGGCCAGUGACUAUCCACCAGGGACAGACUUGCCGCCCAACAUGACUCAUAUGGACGUGUUUAUGGCGCUGUUUAUGGUGUGUGCUUUGGAGGUCGUUAUGCUGAAGAUCAUGAUGUUUGGUGAAACUCAAGACCAAUCUGAAAAUAGUGAGGAGAGGUCUAUAGCAGACAGGUUCUUCGAUAGAGGAUUGUAUUAA